GGGGCUCGGUCUACUAAAAAAAAAAAAAAAAAAAAAAGGAAGGGAGGAGAUGGAAGAGAGGGGGCAGUCAAGCCCACCCCCCCUGAGCGCCACGGUACCGCAUUGGCAUCAGUGAAGGCACCUGAACGCACCUUCUACCCCCCAAAAAAGGAUUUCACAAAGGCCUUACUUCCAAAGACACUUUUCUGGGGAUCGUGGAGCUUUUACGCACGGCGUCUGGAGCCAAAAAAGCAGCGUGGAGACAAGAGGCGACGGAAAGGAGACAAGGAGGGGGGGCAUGAUGCACAAACGGAGCGGCGACGUCUGAAGGUGAAAUGAACCUGAGGAGAAUCACACUGAGGAAGAAGUGGAGAUAGCAACUAAAAAAAAAAAAAGAAAUCAACCGUCGGUGUCUUCAUCACAACUAGUGCCCCCCCACCCUCGCCCACCCACUCUCGUGUCUUCUGGAUGCAAUUGAGCGGACGCCGCCACCCCAACUAGUCUCAUAUUUCAUAAGGAGAAAUAAAAAAAAAAAGGGGGGGAACAUGGCGACGUUAAUCCGGAGCAAAUUAUCUAAUAAACUAUCCAACGCGGCUACCACCGUCAGCCACAAAUCGCAGGCCAAAGUCAGCGGCAUGUUCGCCAGAAUGGGCUUCCAGGCCGCCACAGAUGAGGAGGCGCUGGGUUUCGCCGCCUGCGACGACCUGGAUUAUGAUCACCGGCAGGGCAUGCAGAUGGACAUCCUGCAGAGCGGUGAUGAUAAAGCGACGUCGGAUGGAGGCGACGGGGACGGUGGGGAGCGCGGGGACGGCGCCCUGGAUGGGGACAGUCACUACCAGCGGGACGGCACCGGACCGUCGCGUUCUUCCUCCAAGGACGGGGCUUCCAACAACGAACUGUCUGAGGAAAAACCCAAAAUUACGGCUUGGGAAGCGGGGUGGAACGUUACCAACGCCAUCCAGGGCAUGUUCGUGCUGGGCCUCCCCUACGCCAUCCUGCACGGCGGCUACCUGGGCCUGUUCCUGAUCAUCUUCGCCGCGGUGGUGUGCUGCUACACGGGCAAGAUCCUGAUCGCGUGCCUGUACGAGGAGGACGAGGACGGGCGCCCGGUGCGCGUGCGCGACUCCUACGUGGACAUCGCCAACGCCUGCUGCGCGCCUCGCUUCCCGUCUCUGGGCGGCCACGUAGUCAACGUCGCGCAGAUCAUCGAGCUGGUGAUGACGUGCAUCCUGUACGUGGUGGUGAGCGGCAACCUGAUGUACAACAGCUUCCCCAACAUGCCCAUCUCGCAAAAAUCGUGGGCCAUCAUCGCCACGGCGGCGCUGCUGCCCUGCGCUUUCCUCAAGAACCUGAAGGCCGUGUCCAAGUUCAGCUUGCUGUGCACGCUGGCGCACUUCGUGAUCAACGUGCUGGUCAUCGCCUACUGCCUGUCGCGGGCGCGGGUGUGGGCGUGGGACAAGGUCAAGUUCUACAUCGACGUGAAGAAGUUCCCCAUCUCCAUCGGCAUCAUCGUCUUCAGCUACACGUCGCAGAUCUUCCUGCCGUCGCUGGAGGGCAACAUGCAGAAGCCGGCUGAGUUCCACUGCAUGAUGAACUGGACGCACAUCGCCGCCUGCAUCCUCAAGGGCCUCUUCGCGCUGGUGGCCUACCUGACGUGGGCCGACGCCACCAAGGAGGUGAUCACGGACAACCUGCCGCCGGGCAUCCGCGCCGUGGUCAACAUCUUCCUGGUGGCCAAGGCGCUGCUCUCCUACCCGCUGCCCUUCUUCGCCGCCGUCGAGGUGCUGGAGAAGAGCUUCUUCCAGGAAGGCCGCCGAGCCUUCUUCCCGGACUGCUACGGCGGAGACGGCCGCCUCAAAUCGUGGGGGCUGACGCUCCGCUGCGCCCUGGUGGUCUUCACGCUGCUCAUGGCCAUCUACGUGCCGCACUUUGCGCUCCUCAUGGGCCUGACGGGAAGCCUGACGGGCGCCGGCCUCUGCUUUCUGCUGCCCAGCCUCUUCCACCUCAAGCUGCUGUGGAGGAAGCUGCAGUGGCACCAGGUCUUCUUCGACGUGGCUAUCUUCGUCAUCGGCGGCAUUUGCAGCAUCUCCGGCUUCAUUCACUCCAUGGAGGGCCUCAUCGAGGCCUUCAAGUACAACAUCGAAGAGUAGCGCGUCUCUCUCGCUCGCAUUUGUUACGCGGCCUUGCGUUCAUGCCAAAAUUCCCCCCCUCCCCCCAAAUAAUGCAUAACUAUAGACUUACAUCUUGUCAAUUAAAUUCUCCAGGCAAGAUGCAAUAAGAUGAAUCAAAUUUCGCUCGCUAAAUACGCACCACGCCCUCCUGUCACGAGGCCUUGCGUUAAAAUUAGGGGUGGGAUUUUAACGCCUUAACUCAUUCACUGCCAUUGCAGCCAUAGACGUCAAGGGCGCCUGGCAUUGAAUCAUAGUGUUUCAGUGCCAUUGACGGCGAUCAAUGUCAGCCAAUGAAUUAAUUGCAAUUAAGUGUGAAAGAGUUAACGGUUUUUAAUCGCAGAUUCCGUUCCAAACACAGCACAAUUUUCUGGUAUAUCUACUGCAAACUGACAUACGAUCUCAGUUAACGACCCUAAACCGGAUUAAAUAAGCACAUUUCAUCCCAAAAAAGUUACCUUGAUUUUUUUUAAAUGGCUUUGUUCAAAUAUGCAUAACAGGAUUGUCUGUAUAUCACACACAUAAUUUUUCAUAAAAUGACUUGGCGUUUUAGACCUCAAAUAACCAUUUGUUUUUCUGGUUAUUCCAGAAGAAGAAAAAUGUGCACUCAGCUUGUUUUAAUUUUAUUUAUUGGGGUCUUAUUUUGAAAAGAAAAAACAUCCUAAAAUAGCACUUUACACUAAGCUCUUUUACGUUUUUGCCCAGAUAUUUUUUUUCUCAGUCUUUGAAAUUAAAGUGCAAUAAAUAAAUCUACUUUAUCCAUCCUCUAAAAUCUUUUAAAUUUAAAGCUUUUAGGGCCAAACAUUGCUGUGCGAUUAAAAUGCGAUUAAUCAAGAUUAAUUACAGAGCCUCUAUUUAUUUAUUUAUUUAUCAAGUCCCACCCCUGGUUAAAAUAUUUGAGGGGAAAAAAAUAUGCAUUCGCCUAACGUGGGUGUAGACAUUGGCAUUGCACACUAGUCAAAUAUACAAUAAGACUCUGACAAGUGCUAAUUUUUGAAGGCAAGACAAUAAAAAGAUUCAUCUAGCACAAAACAAACACAAACGUUCAGCUCUGGAAAAAAAAAAGAUUGGUUCAUCUCUGGUUAAGCAAAAUUAAUAGAAUAAUAGCAUUGGCAGCACUUUUUUUUUUUUUUUUUUUUUUUU